AUGCGCAAUUGUCGGUCAGGCUGCUGCCGAAUUUGCGGCUCCAAGCAUUACAGCCUUUUACACCUCAGCUCUCAGCCUUCGACCGAGGUUCAGCGAGCUCCCGUGGCGGAACCAAUUAUAAGCGUUCAAAGUCGAUCAGGUGCUUGGAUCCCAUGCCGCACGCUGCUAGACUCGGGAUCACAGGUCCACAUUGUGACUAACCGACUCGCUCACCAGUUGCAACUGCCUAAAACCAAGUCUACCGUAGCAGUUGCUGGUCUUGGAGAUGCCUGUUUUAAUGCUCAAGGAGCUUCCGUUUGCAUCAAAUUCAAGUCUCAUACCUCCAAUUAUUGCGCAUGCCUAUCUGCACUUGUUGCUCCGGCAAUUACUGACAACCAGCCCAGUUUGACCGUUAAGCCCGAAGGCUGGAAAAUUCCCGCUAAUAUUCAGUUGGCCGAUCCUGAAUUUUAUAAGUCUCAGCGUAUUGAUCUUCUCAUUGGAGCAAGCAUGCUUUUUGAAUUAUUAUCUGUAGGGCAGAUUAAGUUAGCUGCUGGGUUACCCCUAUUGCAAAAAACGAGACUUGGUUGGAUCGUAACCGGAGGAGGAUCUUCCUCAAUCAAGGCAACUGCGUUGCAGGGUCAAGCUGUCCAGCGUGAAUUGGUUGCCGCCGAAGGUCGUAUGGAUGAGCUAGUCCGUCGCUUUUGGGAGGUUGAGAGUUGUGAAGAAGGCGUGGUCACAGCCACCAAAGAAGAACUAGCGUGUGAGGCUCAUUUCAUGACCAAUUUUCGUCGCUUGGACUCAGAGAACAAGCUACAGCGCAAGCCAGAAGUCAAGGUCCAAUAUUCGGCAUUCAUUCGCGAAUAUUUGGAUUUAAACCACAUGUCUCUUGUGCCCAAAGACUCCUUGAGUCUUUGCAAAUAUUUUCUGCCCCACCACUGCGUUUUCAAGGAAGAUAGCACCACGACUAAAUUGCGAGUCGUUUUUGAUGGGUCUGCCAAAACGUCUAUUUCGGACUUUCCUGUUGCAUUGACUGGUGACGUCUGCAAGAUGUAUCGGUGUGUUCGCGUGGCUGAACCCGAUAGCUACUUCCAAUGUAUUCUUUGGCGUGACUCACCGGACCAGGAAGUGCAGGUAUUCAAGCUGGAUACCGUGACUUAUGGAACCAAGCCUGCAGCCUUUUUACCCGUUCGAACGAUGCAUCAAUUGGCGAGUGAUGAGAAGAGUUCAUUUCCAAUCGGCUCCAAAACCAUUUUGCGAGACUUCUACGUUGGCGAUCUGAUCACAGGAGGGAAAUCAGCGCAGGAGGUCCUCGAAGUCAUGUCUCAAACCACCAACUUGCUGUCACGAGGUGGUUUCAAACUCCGGAAAUGGUGUUCCAACGACCGCGAUGUCUUUGAUCAGAUUGCUGACUCGGAAAAGGAAACAUUCCUGAAGUUUGACGAUGGCAGCGGCUUUACAAAGACACUGGGUCUUGCUUGGGACCCUGCAGCGGAUGUGUUUCGUUUCUCUUUUUCUCCCAUACAGGUCUCUCCAAAGCCUUGUAAGCGACUGGUGUUGUCCACAAUUGCUCGGAUUUACGAUCCUCUUGGUCUCAUUGGUCCUGUAGUUGCCAAGGCCAAAAUCUUCCUGCAAGAGGUCUGGAGAGAAAAGUUGGAGUGGGAUGAGAGCUCUCCUUAG